AUGGAACCCUUGCCGCAGGACCCCAGAUUCUCCUUCAUCCCUGAGAAGAAGGCAAAGGUUGCACCCAAGACUCUGAAGGAAGCUCCUAUUUCACUAGCCGCCAAUGGCAAGCCUUUCGCCGCUGUGCCCAAGCCUUCUGCCGGCAAGAGUUACAACCCUACAUUUGAAGAUUGGGAGGCACAUAUCACCAAGGUUGGUGAGCGUGAGGUUGCCGCUGAACGCAAACGUCUGCAAGAGGCACAAGAGGAGCAUGACCGCCUGGAGAAAGCCCUUGCUGAGGCUGCACGACCUGAGCCAGCGACGGACGACGAGUACCAAUCAGCAUACGAGAGCGAGUGGGAGGGUAUUCAGAGCGAAGCCGAGGAUUCUGGAGUUGUUACCAAAAAGCGCCCGGAGAGAAAGACACCAUCUCAGAGAAACAAGAUCAAGAGAAGAAAGGAGCUGGAGCAGAAGGCCAAGUGGGACAUGCAGAUGAAGAAGAAGGAAGAGCAACUAGCGCGCGUCAAGGAGAUUGCCCUUCAGCUGGCUGAGAAGGAGCGUCUUCUUGCUGAGCAAAAGGCAUUGCAGCCUGCUGAAUCUGGCGCUGAGGCUGAAGCCGAGAUCAACGACGAGGAUGAGAGCGAGGUGUUGCGCCGUCGCACCCUCGGCAAGCAUGCGUAA